GCUCUUCUCACCUAGCGUGAGAUGAAUGCUACCCAAUGUAUUUUAGGUCAGGGAAAUCAGCACUCGUAUUUUCAUGACCAACUAAAAAUGGAAAAUCAUGUUACAGAUAACAGGAUUUCUUAGCUAUUGAUUUUUCAUUUAGAGCUGUGUUGGGUGUAAUUAAUUAUUCUCUCUGUUUACACACACAUUCUGUCUCUGAGAUAGUGCGUCACAUCUUUGCGUUGAAGUGACAGUUGUUGCUUAGGCUUACAAUGUGUGAAUAAUGUAAACAAGCUAUGGUAGAUCUGAAAAGGGAUCUCGACGAGUAUCUCUUAAGAAAUGACAAAUCACAGACAAAGUUUAGUAUCCCUGCUGUUUUUCCAGCCACGUCAGUUGGUAGGUGGUUUAAGAGAUCGGGCGAAAAUGACGAAGCACCAGAUGGAUGGUUUGCAGAAGCACAGAAAGAUUGCUGUCCACGUAUGGGCCGGAUUCAGAGAAUCACAGGAUUUUGUUUUUGCCUCGGAAUGGGUUGCCUCUGUUUCAUCCUUGCUGCUAUGUAUACACCUGUUCUGCUCUUGAAAGCAAGAAAAUUCGCACUCCUGUACACAUUAGGCAGCUUAUUUGUAAUUAGCAGCUUUUCAUUUCUCUGGGGUCCUCUACAUCACCUGCGGCAUUUGUGUUCAAGGGAACGAUUACCUUUUACCUCUGUCUACUUUGGUACUUUAUUUGCAACACUAUAUUUUGCACUGCAUGUUCAGAGCACACCAUUCACUGUGCUUUGUGCUGCGUGUCAGAUUGUUGCACUUCUAUGGUUCCUCUUCAGUUACAUACCUGGUGGUCAGUCUGGUAUCAUGUUUUUUACGAGGCUUUGCUCUUCUACUGUCUCAAGCACUGUCUCCAAAACACUGCCAGUGUGAUGAAUGUCUUUUGAAUGAAGUGGAGAACAUGUUAAGAAAGUUCUUGUGAAUGUAAAUCAUUUAUACUUAACUGACAGUGCCUAUUACCAAAGCAAAGGAAUGUAUUUAUUUAAAUGAUAUUAACAACAUAUAAUUUUUUAAUAAAAUCAUGAUGAGAUCUAUUUUUUUAAGAAUGAGUGGCGAAUGUACAUAUAUUGUAAGAAGUGAAAUCACUGAUAAAUAAAUAUAUAUUUCUUAGAAGUUACUGAA